AUGGACAGUAAACGGAAUUUACUUCAAAAUCUUGGGGAGCUAGAAGUUUAUUUAUUACUACAAAAUGCUAAAUUGUUACAAUAUUUUGAUGCAUUCAUAAAUCAUGGUGGUGAUGAUAUUCAACAAUUGAUUGAUUCAUUAAAUGAUCCUAAAGAAUUUGAUCAACUUAUUAAAAUUGUUGAAAUGGAUAAAAAACCAUUACAUGUUCAAAGAUUUAAAAAAGCACUUCUUCAAUAUUCAACACAAAAUAUCACAUCACAUCACAAUCAACAGCAUAUAGCUAAAGAAUUUCAAUCAAAUAAUAUAUAUACUAAUCAAGAAGGAUCAAGUUUAAAUAUUGAUAAUAAUAAUAAUAAUAAUAAUAUGUUUACAAAUUCUAAUUGGUGUUCAUUAGUACCUUCAAUCUAUUCAGGAUUAAAUCUAAUUCCAAAUCAAUCAUCAUUAAUUAAUUCAUUAUCUUCAACACAAUCUAUUCUAUCAAAUUAUUCACAGAAUUUCAAUCCUUUAUUUAAUCAAUGGGCAAUAUUGAAUAAUUCACAAAAUGCUUCUAUGUUUCAGUCAUUAGCUAUGGGUAUUUCAAAUCAACAACAGUUAAUAACACCAGCAGAAAGUGUUGAUAGAACUGAUCAUAGUUUUAAAUUAUCUGAUUAUACUCACUCAUUGGAACAAUCGAUCACAUCAAAGAAAUGUCAACAAGAAGAAGAAAACAUUCAAGAUAUUAAUGAAACAAAUCAAUCAAAAACACAAAAUAAUUUAUUAAAUAGUCCUAUUUUAUCAAGAAAUAAUUCACCAUAUUCAUCACAAUUAUCACAACAUACAAUUUUACAUCCAUCAUCUUUAAUAUCAAGCAGUGAAGAAAUUAAUUUAACAGGAACAAUAACAAAUUCACAAAUUAAUGCAUUAAAGCUUAUUGUAACUGAAAAUCUCAUUGAUGAUCCAUUGAAAAUCCGUCCAAGUGCCACUUUAAUGAAAUCAGAUUAUUUAAAAUUGGAAAUUGCUAUCACUGCAUUAUUACCAUAUUUACCGAAAUUUCAAAUUAGAAAAUCUAACAAUUCACGAAAUGCAAAUGAACAAGAAAUACAACCAUUGAGACAUUUUGAAAUAACAAUUAAUGAAAUAACAUUUCGUUUGGUACAACAAAUUCCUGAGUUGAUUACACAACGAGAACAUUUAUUUCAUAUUGCACGUCAAAUAGUCAAUACUAUGAAUUAUGGUUUAAGUGUAAAUCAAACUGGUCAGGUUACAUGGAAAAUGUUAAAGGAAGAAAUUUCGAAAAAGUCCAUAGCUGAUUACAAAUUAUCAAACUCAGAUGAUGAAUGUAUAUUUGAAGCGAAUGAAGCAGAUUAUUCAAAUGAGACAUUAAGCCAAAUACUUCUUCAGUUGAAAUUAGAAAUGCAAGAUGUUGUAAAUAAAGAAGUUAUUUUACGUACAAAAGUUCGUUGUUCUGGUAAAGAUUUACCAUCAACAAGACAAACAAGCAAUGUACGUGGAGAUUUGGAUAAACUUGUAAAUCAGUUACAUAAGUGUAUCACUAGAACAGUUAAAUAUAUUAUUUUACUCAAAAGUGCUGAGAAUCGAGAAUCAGAAAGCAGUGAAUCACAUAUUCAUUGUUCAUCACCUAUUCAAAACAAUAUUGAUAGAAAUAAUACGAUAUCUGAUAAAUAA